UCAAGCAUACUUUUAAUGUGAAACCAACAGUUUGACGGACAUGUCAUAGGAAAGCGUUGAUACAGUUGAACGUACAGUGUCCUUUCAUCUUCCUCUGUCUGUCUUUUUCUUUCUUUCUUUAUUUUUCUAUCUCUGUUUUCUCUAAUUUUUCAAUCUUCGUUCUUUUUUUUAUGUUCUCGUACAAUCCUUUUUUCAUUGCCAAUUUUGUUGUUGUUCAUGAGAAAUAAAAAAGAAAGAGAGACAAAGAUAAUCGAAACGUUGAAAAAAACGUUGUUAUCUCUCUCUAUUUUUCGCUCUAUCAUUACAAUAGAGUGACGUUUAAAAAAAAAGCGGAAGAGAAUCAGAGUGAUUUUCAUACAAAAGGAUAUAUUUAAUGACUUCGGUGGUGCAGCCCAAAGGUGAGGACGUGAAGUCUGCGGAUUCCGGACCAGCAGAUUUUGAACGUGCGAUAUGUUCAUCAGGUUAUGGAAAGUUCAAUUAUUUAUUACUGCUGGCUGUACUGCCGGCCAGUUGUGCCAGCAUAUUCUCAUCUUCAUCGACAGCCUAUGUUCUACCAUCAGCCGAAUGUGAUCUUGAACUCACCAUGCUUGACAAGGGUCUACUCAAUUCCAUGUCCUUUGCAGGUAUGAUCAGUACUAACUUCUUAUGGGGAUUCAUGGCCGAUACGUUUGGACGCAAAAGGAUAAUGUUUUACGGAUAUAUGCUCACCGGUCUCAUCACAUUGGCUACGUGUUUCUCGCACACAUCCUGGCUACUAAUACUUUUCAAGUUUUUCGAAGGAUCGAUCAUAUCCGGUCCUUAUGCAGCGUUGAUGUCUUAUCUGGCAGAAGUACAUGAUGAAAACCAUCGUUCACGUACUUACAUGUGGUUGGGUGUUUUCUUCUCACUUGGAAACAUUUCUUUGCCGUGCAUAGCAUGGUUAAUUAUACCACAAAAAUGGAAUUGGAGUCUUUUGCAUGGUUUCGUUGAAAUCAAAUCGUGGAGAGUCUUUCUGGCGAUUUGCUCUCUUCCAGCUUUUCUGGCAUGUAUAACAAUCUUUUUCUUUCCUGAAAGUCCACGAUUUCUUUUAUUGAAAGGUCGUCGCGAGGAAGCUCUCGAAAUCUUUAAGAAAAUAUAUUCAAUCAACACUGGAAAACCAGCAGAUACUUAUUUGGUAAAGGACUUAGAGGACGAAUAUUCCAUAAAAUCAUCAGGUGAUAAAUGGAAAGAGAAGAUAUUAUCAUCUUGGGAACAGAUUAAACCUCUGUUCUUACCUCCAAACGUGUUUAAUCUCAUAGUUAUAUCUUUGAUACAACUUGGUGCAACGAUAGGAUCGAAUUCUUUGAGAUUAUGGAUGCCACAAUUAUUCUCUCUGAUAGAAAGUUACAAAGUCAGUCACGUAUUAAAAGAUCAAAUGGGUUCUCAACCAUCCUUCUGCUACAUGCUGAACAGUCCAGAAAAGAGCAAUGAUAACGUUACAGUAAUUGUGAACUCUACUGCCGAGGCCGUCGUCGCGUGUGUUUCGACAGAACUAAAUUCGACAGUCUUCGUUAAUUCUAUAGUCAUUGCUCUUACUGGUGUCAUUGGCUACACUUUGGCUGGCACGCUGAUAACUGUUGUUGGGAAGAAAAAAUUAAUGGCAAUAUGUUUCCUCGUGGCAGCGUCUUGUUGUGGAUCUCUUUAUUGGGCGGAUGAUACAAAUGGAAUAUUGGGAUUAUCAUCGGUAUUUGUAGCAAUGUCGAGCAUCGGUGGUGCCACAGUAGUCAAUAUCAUCGUCGACAAUUUUCCAACUUGUCUUAGAACUAUGGCAGUUAGUACAGCCAUGACGAUCGGAAGAUGUGGUGCAGUGAUCGGUAAUCUUUUGUUCCCAGUUUUGUUCGGUCUUUCUUGUUUAGGACCGUUCGUUAUGAUCGGUUCGGCUUGUUUGUUCGCUGCUGCAUUGGUCAUCCUAUUACCUCAGAAACCUUCGACAAACAAAAAACCAAAGGAAAUCAUUUAAAAUUCAUAGAGGCAAUUUUCAAUCUCGUAUUCUCUGAUCGAUAAAUUGCACAAUCUAUAAUCGAUAAGUAUAUGUAUGUAAAUAUAUAUUAGGCGUAAAAUCCGAUUCCUUUUUUUGUUCGCAGACAACGUCGACAUUAUCGAUCACUUGUCUUUACUUUCAUCAUGUAAAUACGUUCUUAACACUCAUCUUAAUUAGUUGCUAAGUAAACUCUUUAUUCAGUUGCACCCAUCCUUAGGUAAAUGUAUUUUUGUAUAGAAGGUUAUAAUAUAUGUUCUAGUGUACAUGUAUAUAUAGGUAUACAAUAAUAUUAUAAAUAUAUACAUAUAUAAGUGUAUAAUAAUAUUAUACGUAUUAAAAAUGUAUACAAAACGUAUAUACAUAUUAUAUAAGUGAACAUGUUAGCACUUAAGUAUCGUUUUCUUUUAAUGGAAUCUCACAAACUGCGUCGCUAGUAUAAUUAUUCAUAGAUAAUGUAAUCUUUGUUAUAUCGAUAGUCGCGUGACAAAUAUGAACUUUUCUUAAAUAUUAUAAUAGGAUGUUUCGAUAGUGUAAGAUGUAAGAUGUCUGUAUAAUUUAGAACAAAAAAAACAAGAAAGAAAAUGAAAAAACAAUGAAUAAGAAAGAAAGUAGGAAAACAUAUUUUACUAUUGUUCGAAUAAAUGAAUAUUAUUCAAUAAUUUAUAUAAUAAUGCAAAUCAAUCAGUGUAUACGAAUCAAUCAAUCCCGUUGAUAUUUUUUUUUA